AUGAGCGAGCGACCGCUCAAGAGGUCUGCCGGAACACGUGGCCACCGCAGUGCCCCUUUGAUCCUUGCAGCGGGCGAGAGACUCUUCGAUGGCGAGCACAGCGACCCCGGCGAGAGAUGUCCGACAUCGCCCAGGGGGCCGCCGGCUUCUGCGAGCUCGCAGCCGCAGAGCUUGUCUCCCAGAGAGCAGAUGUUGGUCCAAGCCAUGGACCGCUUGGCUGGCAUCGAUAUCCGACGCACCUUUGACCUCGACGGAAGCGGCUUCGUCAGCGCCGCGGUGCUUAGGCGCUCAUUGUCCGCCUUUGACCCGCAAGUGUUCAAUGCACAUUGCCUGCAAUUGUUGCUUGGUCCGGCGAGUCCGGCGCAAGCAGAUUCGGUACGCAUCCAAGAUGUGUUCGGACCCUUCUGGCAGCCGCUCUGUCAUCGAGUUCAGCUGCUGGAGGAGAAGCUGGCCCAGACGAGGCGUAUGUCGCAGAGGCGGCAGGUGGAGCUCGCACAGACUGCGCAAGAUACCGCUGAUGCUUUGCGAUUGGCACAGCGGGAACUUGCCCAGUUGCAGCCGCACAACAGCUGCCCCAGUGCGGACACUCAGGACGAUGCGAGGUCGAUACUGGAGCUGCGAGAGAGACUAGCUCACAGUGAGCAGCAGCGGAAGAAGAUGGAGGAGCAGCUGCGCAAGAUGAGCCGCGCCGAACGGCAGGUGCCACAGAAAUCGUUGGCUCUGAAAGGUGCCGAGGAAGAGGGCUGCAAGGGGAGGCGAAAACGUGGCACACCACAUUGGCACGAAGAAGCAGCCGACUCCAUGGAUGUGCAAAAGCUCCUCUCUUCAGAGCAAUCGCGAAAGGCCUUGGAGCAAGACUUGCGCCAUGCACUGGCCAAGUUGGAUGAGGUUUUUGUCAACCAUGGCGGUGGACCCUUGCCUCUGCUCGGCAAACAACCUGCUAUUGCGAAGUUUUUGCAGGGCUACCCGCGCUCCCUUCCCAGUGCUCCUGCGGCCAUCAUCGUUGUGACAGCGCACUGGGAGACCGGUUCUGCGCUGAAAGUCACUGCAGCCAGCAGGCACAGCUUGUACUUUGACUACGGCGGCUUUCCCAAGGAAAGCUACGAAUAUCAAUAUUCUGCUCCAGGGAGUCCUGAUCUGGCGCAGCAGAUUGUCGGGCUCCUGACCAAGAAGGGGAUUCAGUGCGCCUCUGACGCCACACGUGGCUGGGAUCAUGGAGUUUUCGUGCCCAUGAUGCUGAUGUUCCCCAAAGCAGAUAUCCCAUUGGUUGCCCUGUCCCUAUACAGCAACCAGGAUGCUCGAGCGCACAUGGCUGCUGGCGAAGCGCUGCAGCCUUUGCGCGACCAGGGUGUCUUAAUCCUCGGUUCUGGGGCUUCCUUCCACAACUUCGACUACUUCUUUGCGAGAGAUCCUGCAAAGCGACUCGAGGGUGUGAGCCACUCGCAGAAGUUUGAUCGCUGGCUGACGGAAGCGCUGACCUCAGAAGCACUGACCCCGGAGGAGCGCAUUGCCCGCCUCUCUGACUGGGCUUCGGCUCCAUCGGCCCGGGAUGCGCAGCCGCUGGGCGCUGCUGAGCAUUUGAUGCCGCUGUUUGUCGUCGCCGGUGCCGCUGGAUACCGACCGGGACGGAAGAUUAAUUCUGAAGCCAAUUCACCGGAAAGUCUGGCCGCAGAGCGCGACAAGCAGCAGUUGCAGCGGUCCCUCGAGGCGCUGCAGGCGUCCAAGCCAGGCAGCGAUGCCGACGGUAGAGCCAACUCCACACGCAAUGAGCUACUGCAACAUGGUGCCGACCAGGAGUUGAAGCGCUUGGAGUUGGCCCUGGCGGCUCAGAGCGAGGCAUGCCGAAGACAAGAGCAGCAACUUCGGGAGCUGUCAGAGCAAAAGGAGGAGCUUGCAGCAGAACUCAAGCGACUACCGGACAACAGCACCGAGGAGCUGCAGGCACAACUUCGAAGGAUGGAGGAUGAAGUUAUCCAAGUCCGGGAAGUGAUGGCUACUCGUGAACGAGAAGCCGUGGAGGCCGUCCAUCACGCUGUUUGCCGCACGAAGGCCGAGUUAGAGGAGCCUUUGCGCGGUUCCGUAGAGCACUUGGAGGCCAAAGCGGAUGCGGCCUUCGACCGUGUCACUCGCGCCGAAGCGGAAAGCCAGGACUUGGCGGAAUGCAUGAGGCAGAUCUCCGGAGAGCUAGCAAAGUUGCAUCUGGACCUGGACGGUUCACAGCAGGCGCUCGCCGAAUCCAAUCGCCGGGCUGGGGAGGCAACAGCAGCCGCUGCAGCAGCCGUCGCGGAGAGCGACGCCAGGCUGUCUAAAGCACAGAGCCAGCAGAAAGAGUCGGAGAAUCGCUUGGAAUUUCUUUCAGGCGAGAUAAUCAAGCUGAAGCUUGAAAAUGCAACGCUGCACAGGGAUUUGCAGCAACAGUCUGCAGAGAUUUCCCGGCUGGAGCAGGAGGGCCGUGGCUUCCAGCAGGAGGCAGCCAGGAGCUCCAAGCAAGCGGAGGCAUUGCGCUCGGAACUUGCUAGCCAGCUCGCACAGUUGCAAACAGUGCAGCGAGAAGCCAAGGAUCUGGCACGAGAGCUGGAGCUGCGGAGCCUACCAGAGCGGCGUUUCGAAGCACUGGACGGUGAAGUGCAGAGGCUCGACGGGCGACUGCAGCAGAUGACUCUUCAGUUCUUGUCUUCUGCUACAACCUCCGACGACUGUUCACGGGUGGCCUCGAGACUGGCGCAAACCGAGCUGCAGGUACCCGAGACACAUACCACGGAGCUUCAUCAACUCCAGAAGGAGCUGGGCACUGUGACUGGCGAGCUGGGUGCCUCCCGGGCUCGUUUGGAGGCUGCCGUGGCCGAGAAACAGGUGCUCGAAGCCCGACUGGCGGAAGCCUUGCAGGAUGUAGAGGAGGCCCGGAAGCAACGUGAGGAGAAGGGCUGGGAGGCAGCUGAAGCUGCGGCUUCAGCCAAUCGGGAGAUGGCAAGGCAACGAUCCGAGAGCGACGAAAAGUACCGUCUUCUGGAGAAGGAGCAUUCCUCAGUGAGGGACAAGCUGCAAAGUGCGCUGUCCGAGCUGGCUCAGGCGGAGAGUCAGAAGAAGGUGCUGGAACUCCAGGUUGAGACGAAGUGCCAGCAGCUGACAGAUCUGGAGGAGCGGCAGGAACGGGAGCUUGCGGCGCAGGCAGAGAAACUGGAGCAAACGCAGGUGGAAGUGGAUCGUUUGACGACUGAACUGUCAAAGGCAUCCCAGGGAUCACCAGCCGAGGAGUUCAAAAGUGCUGCAGAAGAGCUUCGGCCCAGGUCAGAGAGUGAGAAUGACGGGUCCGAAAAGGACCGCAAAAUCCAGGAGUUGCAGGCUCAACUCGAUGAAGUGAGCCAGCAGCUAAGCCAGGUCCAGGCUGAGCUUGAACAGCGCUCCAUCGAAGCUGCCGAAGCUCUUGUGGAUAUCGGCCAGGAUGUAGAUGCCAUUGAGUGGGAGAGUGGCCAGCGUGGGCGCAAGCUGGAG